UGAUUAGAGGAGUGCGGACCGGAGGGUGAUGGAACCAUCUAGCCCCUAACCAUAGGCCCAGAAGAGAAGAUCAUCAUGACAGAAAGGUCUGCAGCUGUUUUCAUCCAGGCCUGGUGGCGGGGCACGCUGGUGCGACGCACACUGCUGCAUGCAGCCCUCAGAGCUUGGAUUAUUCAGUGCUGGUGGAGGCAGGUGCUGGAGAAGCUGCUGGCGAAGAGGCGGAGGAUGGUGUUGGAGUUCUAUGUGCAGCAGGAAUGGGCAGCAGUCAGGCUGCAGUCCUGGGUCCGCAUGUGGUGUGUCCGCCAGCGUUACUGUCGUUUGCUCAACGCUGUCCGCAUCAUCCAGGUCUAUUGGCGCUGGCACACCUGCCAUUCCCGUGGCUUUAUUGAGGGCCACUAUGAACUCAAAGAAAACCAACUUGAUAUUCAACUCGAAAUCUCUUUGGGCUCACAGGCUUGUAAGGUGCAACAAUGCAUACCCCUUCCAUUAAAAGAAUGACCAGGUCUGCUA